AGGUCCGCUGGGGUCAAAUCCUAUCUCUGUCACCAACUUAGAAGGCUCAGACAGGUCACUUCCCUCUCGAGGUCUCAGUUGCUUUUAUGGACAAUGAGAGGAUGUAGCAACUUCGGAAACACCCCUCACACACCUAGACUACUUGAGGCCCUCGCCCAAUGCUGGCCCGUUGUAAGCUCUGCUCCAACUCUGACCUUCUCUCAUGUAAGAGCUGAGGACACCCUGCUGUCUCUUUCAGUUGUUUUUCUCUAACACACAUAUGCUCUCCUAUUACACAGCAGUAAUGACCACAUACCAGAUGCCUGGGACUCUUUUCAAGAAAGCCUGAUAUGCUACUUUUGUAAUUUGCUGAUGACAGAGGGGAUAUCACAUGGAAAAAGCUAAUCAGACCUCCCCCCUGGUGGGGUUCAUUCUCCUGGGCCUCUCAGCCCACCCAAGGCUGGAGGAAACAUUCUUUGUGCUCAUCCUGCUCAUGUACCUGGUGACCCUGCUGGGCAACGAGGUCCUCAUCCUGGUGACCAUCCUGGACUCCCGCCUACACAAGCCCAUGUACUUCUUCCUGAGGAACCUCUCCUUCCUGGACAUCUGCUACACAACCUCCUCAGUCUCUCUGGUCCUGGAUGGCUUCCUGGCCCCCCAGGAAACCAUCUCUUUCUCCACCUGUGCCGUGCAGAUGUUCCUCUCCUUUGCCAUGGCAGGGACAGAGUGUGUGCUCCUGAGCAUGAUGGCGUUUGAUCGCUACGUGGCCAUAUGCAACCCCCUUAGAUACCCUGGGGUCAUGAGCAAGGCUGCCUAUGUGCCCAUGGCUGCCAGCUUCUGGGCUAUUGGUGGUGUUGCUUCUCUGGUACACACAUCCUUGGCAAUUCAGUUGGCCCUCUGUGGGGACAACAUCAUCAACCACUUCACCUGUGAGAUCUUGGCUGUCCUGAAGUUGGCCUGUGCCGACAUCUCCAUCAAUGUGAUCGGUAUAGGGGUGACCAAUGUGAUCUUCCUGGGCGUCCCAGUUCUGUUCAUCUCUGCCUCUUAUGUCUUCAUCAUUGCUACCAUCCUGAGGAUCCCCUCAGCUGAGGGGAGGAAAAAGGCCUUCUCCACCUGCUCUGCCCACCUCACUGUGGUGAUAAUAUUCUAUGGGACCUUAUUUUUCAUGUAUGGGAAGCCCAUGUCUAAGGACCCCCUCCUGGGGGUAGACAAAGAGGAUCUUUCAGACAAGCUCAUCUCCCUCUUCUAUGGGGUGGUAACCCCCAUGCUCAACCCCAUCAUCUACAGCCUGAGGAACAAGGAUGUGAAGGCCGCUGUGAGGAAACUGGUGAGUCAGAAAUCCUUCAGUCAGUGUUGUAGGAGGAGUCUUCUGUGGUUCUCACCCCCAUGGAAGACAGGACUUCAAUCAUUACAGCUGCCAUUCUAAAGCCAAGUCAACUUAACUGGAAUGAUCUCUUGCCCUUAAGUCCAUUUUCAGGGAAUGUUUAACUUUUCAGAGUGUAUUUCCUGAGUUUUGGCUACAUGUCUGACAUUCAACAGAUGUCAGACAAUAAAUCCUCUAAUUGAAUGAUGAAGACAUUCUGAAAACAUGUUAAAACCAAGGAGACAGGGACCAUUAGAGCAAGCCUAAUGGCCCGUGUUGUGCCUAAACUGCAGAGUUAGUUCAGAGACAUAAGAUGGCUCUCACAGCAGCUUUGCCACCCCUGUUGGAAUCACAGGGAGAGUCAGAGGAACAAGGAGGAAGUGGACAUUUUCAUCUUGGACUGCUGUAUAUUAGAUUGAGUUUGCCUGAAAUGCUCAGAAGAGACAAAAUUUGCCACAUUGAAAGACUCUGG